AGCAGAGCUCAGAACCCUGCAUGGGCCUUGGGACUAACAAUCAUGAGAAAGGUUGCAAAAUGCUUUGGAGGAGGGACUGCUCUCUGACUUUGGGGGUAAAGGAGAGAUCUGUGGGACAGCAGGGAACAUCAGACUGCUGUGUGUCUCCUGUUUUGGGGAGAGAGAUCAGCCAGAGAGAGAGAAAGCCAGCUGCAGAGAUCCUGAACCCAGGGAAGCUGUCUGGCUGAGAAAGUCCCAGGCUGGAAGGCUGAACAGAGGUCCAGGUGAUAACACUGCUGGAGGACAGAGCAAGGCCUGGACUGGGAGUCAAAAUAGGCCCUGCCAUUCCAAGUACACAGAGGCCCAAACAGCCCCCUACCAGCCCAAAACAGCCUCCUACCAGCCCACUAUAUGGUAACUUUCUAUGGAACCAUACAGCAGCCCCUCUGGCAUUUGCCAGAACCCACAGAUUGCCAGUCCGGGCCUGGACAUUAUCUGCUCAUAUCUGCUAUUCAAGUGAUCCAGUGAUUUAGGAGCACAGACUAUGAAGUCUGCCGAGGUAGAGGACAGAGUAUUGUUUACAGACGCUUACUGCAAAAUCUGCAAUGCGCAGUUAAUUUCCGAGUCUCAAAGGGUUGCACAUUAUGAGAGCAAGAAACAUGCUAAUAAAGUUCGACUUUACUAUAUGUUACACCCAGAGGAUGGAGGUCCUCCCUCAAAGAAACUUCGACCGGAUAACCCAGAAAGCGAUGAGACUGAAGUCGAUAAAAAUAAAUGCUGUACCCUUUGCAACAUGUUCUUCACAUCUGCUAUAGUUGCUGAAUCUCAUUAUCAAGGAAAGACUCACGCAAAAAGAGUGAAACUUGUGCUUGGGGAGUCACCAAAUACACCAGCUCCAGCAGAACCAAUACAGGAGACCCCUGAGCAUACAGACAUACCACCUCAGGAAGAGGACACAUUGUGGAACCUUAACAUAGGAAACGAGUCUAGGAAAUUCUGUGACCUCUGUCGGGCAUGGUUUAACAAUCCGCUGAUGGCCCAGCAACAUUAUGAGGGGAAAAAGCACAAAAAGAAUGCAGCACGGGCUAAACUUCUACAGCGACUUGGAGAAACACUAGAUUCGGAAGCAUUAGAAGCUUUGCGAAGCAGCUACACUUGCAACAUCUGCAGCAUGGUCUUAAACUCAGUGGAACAGUAUCAUGCCCAUCUGAAAGGUGCACGGCAUCAGAACAAUGCUAAUAAUAUCGCAGAUGGAAUAAAGCCACUUGGGCAAGGGACUCCUCAGAACUUGGCAGAGCUGCAAAGACAGCAAAGAAGAUAUUUUUACACAAAAAACAAUAUGCAGAAGAGAUUUGGCAAGGAAGUAGGAAAGGACAAUGACAGUGGCAGAAGUUCUCUUAGUCCACCGCAGAUUUCAGAAAUUACCGGAGACUGCUCACCAGAGAACACUUUCUUUUCUGCCAUGGUGGAAGAGGAAAGCCACAUUUUGUGCUGACUGUGCAGGUGCCCCCAUUAAUACAGACACAUUUUUAUGAAGCACAAGAAAGGGCUUUUUGUUGAAUAUCACUUCGAUAUACUGCAAAAUUGGGCAUGAAAUCAUCUCAAUAGCAGCUCCUAUCUCCAGCCUUUUCUAGUUUCAUGUAAAAUCAGCUUUAGAAGAAAAUGUAAAUAUUCGGGGAUGGGUUGGCUGUUUUUCAACAUACAUCCUCAAUCCAGGAUAUGUAUCCGAAGGGGAGGAAACAAGACUUUUUUGAUCAUUUCAAUCCUCAUCCACACAAUUUUAAUCCCUUAUAAUAUGUACAUUGUUUACCUGCCAUGAUCAAGAACCGUCCUCUCUACAAAGCCCAGACAAGAUUGUUAGAGCUGCUCAGAGAAGACAGAAGAAGCAUUUGGACAGAUAAUCAAUACAACUCUUACUUGGCUAGUCAUCCCUCUAACAUGCUAUUAAUACUAAAUCAUUUUUUAAAAGGUCAAAGGAAUGUCUAAUUUCACUUGGUCUAUGCACAUUGUCUCCAGCGGUAGAGGUUGAACUUUGUAUACCCAACAGCAAAUUGUGAGUUUAACAUAAAAUGACACAAACGUGUAUCACAUUUCCAGACUUGAACACAUACAUACUGUAUCAUAAGGAAAACACACCCCAUUUACUAUUAUUUCAUAUUGAUUUACUGAAAUGAAAAAUAAAAUCCAUUUUCUUGGUUGAGAAUACAUCACAGUUGUGUUACUCUCACAAUACUUUUCUGUUUCCUUUUGUGAUAAAGGAUUCUCUAAUUAGUGCAAGUCAUUUAAGAAUGCUCUUAUGCCUAGGGAUUUUCGACGCUGCCCAGAGAGUUAUUGCUUUAUCCAAGACUGCUUUCUGCUAAUGUAUAUGGACUUAUUCUCAAUAAAUCAUUAUUUUGCAGUUUCAGACAGAAUAAUGAAUUGAAAAGAGAAGUGUAUUAAUAAGAUGAUGUUCGUUUUUUUUAUUCUACAUUAUUAGUUGUCCUCUGUCUGAAAACCUUAGACAAAAGGGAAUAUAUUUGUUGAUAGAUUUGUUUGCUUUAAACCCCUCAAUGUUAAAACAUGUGUGUUGUAUUAGAGCCUAUGUAUUGUUUAGGUACAUAUGUUUAACUAAAUGCUCAGAUAUUUGUGCAUGGGACUAUCAUACACAAUCUGCUUUUAUGUAUCACAGAAUUACUGUAGAUAGUGGAUUGUAAAGGUUUUGAAUGCAGCAGAGAGAAACACUGUAUAAUAUUGGGGCUUUCAUAAACUGAUGCAGUGAUUUUUUCACACAAGGAGUUUGCCUUAAUGGGAUGAAGCCAAGAACAACAACAGAAAGGCACAGUUUGUAUUUUUUUUACUUUCUAAUAGAUGCAAUAUUUUUUAAUGCUUUAGUCUACGAAGAAUAAAAAUCAGUUGACCACAUCUGCUCCGGUGCAAUAAAUAAUGUAAACACUCAUCAACGUUUCCAUUCAUCUAGUUUAGAGAGAGUGCUUUACAGUCAAAGUGUUAUAAAUUGUUAUAUUUCAAAAAUAUUAUCAGUUCAAUAAUGUUAUCUUGUAUGCAAAGAAAUCUACAAAAUUAUACAAAUUCAUUUGGAAAGAUAAAUUAAUGGCGAAGAAUGAAGAUUCAGUCCCUGAUGCUCCAGUCUUUAGAAGAAAGUUGGAGUUUUGAAAAUAUUUGAAAAGGAAAGCAAUCGUAAAGAAUUCCUUGUGUGCAGCUAAUGUGUGUUUCUAUUCAGGCUGUGCUUGUAAUUCAAAAUGAGCUAUUUGUAAAUGCACAUCAUUCAAGAACAGAAAAUUGUGUUGUACCAAACAACAGACUGGAGAAAAAUGACGCUGUUCUGGUAUGUGUAAAUGCCAGAUGGAAUAAAAUUGCUAGCUAAUACUAACAUUUCUGGGCUAAUUAUAAUGCAAUUUAUCAUCCGAUAGGAAAGCUAGUUUUUCAUAAUAUUUUUAAAUUUUAAACAAUUGCGUUUUUUGUGAGCUGAAUUGUAAUAAUUGAAAUAUCAACCCCCAAAUGAUUCAGAUUGCUAAAUACCAUAUGCUAAUCCAAAACGUGAUUAUGUUUUAAAGAAGGAAACUAAACAUAAAUAUAGAAUGUUUGGAAUGAAAGGAGCCGUUGAGAAGAAUCCAAUGUUAAAUAUAAAUGAUAGAACAGCAGCAAAGUACAGUUUAGGGCAGCGCAGGAUAUGAGGUUACACCUGGCUGUAAAAUAAAACUUUAAACCCAAAACUAAUUUAGAAAGAAAACAGAGAAAGCAGAAAUAAGGUGUAAUUUACCAACAAGGUGCGCACACAUAAAGACUUGUGUGCCAGUGUGUCUACUUGUACCCAGUAAAUAGGAAGCAAACACUCUUUUGAACAUGCAUAAGUAACAUCCUAAAAAACUUUAUGCCACUUGCACCAGAUUUGCAUCAAAGCGCAAGUUUAAUUGGGUCCUUUUCUUAUUGGCAAUUUGCACUUUGUGCACUGAAGUUAAAUUUAAAUUCCCCCUAAAGUGUUGUAGGUAGGGAUGCACCGGAGUACACUGUUUGGGAUUCAGCUGAAUCCCCGAAUCCUUUGUAAAAGAUUCAGCCGAAUCCAAAUCCUAUU